UCAAGCCCAUAGAUCUAUGAUCGAGCCUACAGCUGAGCAUGCCUCCGUUUACCUCGGUCACUAUAGCAACAGGUAUAGCUACAACAUCCGGUUUACGUUCCUAGUUAAUAAAAGCGGAAAACAGCGGAAAAACUUUCCGCUGAGGACAAUUAGAUCAUAUUUAGCAACCAGCUACUUCACAGUUACAAAUACCAAGUUUUCACGAUGGAAACGAUCAGAGGGAGUUUAGAGGACAUUUCCCGACCUGCUUCGAGUGAACCAACGAGCAGCCGUGCGUCCAGAAGAGGUCCUGAUGUUCAGAUCCAGAUGAGCUCUGAGGAGACUGCAACCAGCUCCUCAGCCUGUGGUCCUGACCAAGGUCAGUCUCACUCUGACAUCACGGAUGGAGAUCCAGAAGUACAGAGAGCUAUGGAGGAAAUGAGACGUCUUGAUGAAAUACUGUCUGUAAAGAUCUGCAGAGAAAAAGAAGUCAAGCGUCAGAGGAAAGAGCAUCAAGCCAGACUCUGGCAAGAUCUCCAGCAGAAUAAACCCCAAAGUCACUCUGAAUGUGCUCACGAAGCUUUGAACACAAAGCUGUUUUUAGCCUUGGAAGAAGACAUUGGGAAAGAGGAAGAAGAAGAAAAGGAGGACAGCUAUGUGCCUGUCUUUGAAACCCAGAUUCCUGACAGUGACCGUGAGAGACAACGUUUGGAGCCAAGUUAUAAGAAGCCAGAGAACUUCACAGACUCAUCGGAGACUGGAGAAGAGCAAUGUGAAGACAGCCACUGUGGAGCUUCCAGAGGCAAGAAAAAACAGAGGGACUUUGUCAAGAGAAACAUUGAGCUUGCAGUUGGUGAUGGGGACCAAAUGCUUUUGACCCAGGCUGAGAAACAGCGUCUGGCCGAGCUCCUCCAACAAAUAGACGAAGAGGAAGAGGACGUUGCCAGAGGCGCAGACAGCGAGAAGCCGGGAUCUCUCGUACAGCUCUACCAUAAGCUGCAGCUGCUCUCGUGGUGA